AAAUAAUGAUUGGUGUAGUGUUAGAUUACAUAUUAAUCAACGAUGAUCAUUGGUGGUGUAUAGUAACGAUGAUGGUGGAGACAUUUGUCGAGCACAGCCGCUACAUUUCUCUCUUCAGUGAAACCGUCGAAGAAGAAGAGCAGGCGUGUAUUUAUUCCCUCAGUUAUCAGAAAACGAUAGACACUGUGAAAACGCUGUCGAAACAAGAUCCAGAGAAAUGUCCUGCUGUCGAGAGUAUCUGUCAUUACGCGAAUACGGUCUUAAGCGAAAACAAUGGCCAUCUCUCUACUUGGCUGGUUGCACGGCUCAUAAAGUAUCUGAUCUAUCGCGUCAAAACCAAGUACGUUGGAAGACUUAAAGUAGAGGCGGAUCUAGACUGCAAAAUUAAUGAAGAAUGUCGGGCAAUUCAGAAUACUGAUAGCUCAAAUAAACGAUAUAUGCCAGUUGUCAUUUUUUUUCAUUUCAAGAACAUUAAAGACAAGUUUUUAACAAUAUGUAGCUAUGUCAUAUGUGGAGAUAAAAAUGGCCCAAUUUAA